CUUUCAUUUUUACUUUCCAUCCCUCCUCUACGAACCUGAAUUGGAAGCAUUAAUCUCCCCUCCUCCAGACUUCACAUCCGGGUCACCCACUAGUAGCCUAUCUCCUGUGUCUUGCCUGUGUGUGUGUGACAGCGUAGUUCUCCACCCAACUGUACUGCAGACCUCUACCCUAAUACGCUGCAUGCUAGACGGAUACUAUGCCUGGCAUGUGUUGGUGAUGGAGCUACCGGUGGCGCUCUGAGCUGGUGAGAGCCGAGACCUGCAUGACACACACAGGCAGGGAUGAGACAUAGACUAUCGGAUAGGCACCCCGGAUUGAUAAUACUAGCUCAAUGAUGUCCAAUAGCCUGAAGAAGAAAAAUCACUGGACCAACAAAGUCCACGAAGCGGUUGUCAUCAGGAGCAAAGAAGGGGAAUUUGGCUUCGAGCUGAAGGGGGGCGCGGAGAUUGGGCAGUUCCCCUACUUCGGCGAGGUGAAACAAGGCAAAGCGGCUGUCCAGAGCGGAAAGCUGGCUCAGAGUGAGUUGCUGCUGGAGGUCAACAACACAGCGGUGGCUGGGCUCACCACCCGAGAUGUUCUGGCCAUCAUCAAACACUGCAAAGACCCGGUCCGCUUCAAGUGUGUCAAACAAGGUGAGGUAUGCCAGACAGUGGGCUAA